AUGGUCUCUCACAAUACUGAGGCGACUAGGCCAAGCCCUACCACCAGCCCCGAGACGGUGGUUUCCGACCAAGACUUGGUCGAGUCUCCUUCGACAAUUAGUCCCCCGGCUCUUUCUGGGACAGUGGACGCCUCCCGUCUUGUCACCGCUCCUGGCUCGCCUGGCACCCUCGAGGUUCCUCCCAUGACGGGGCCCAUUGAGUUUGCCGACUGGAUGCCAAUGAUGCGUAGCGUCUCUACGCAACGCAACAUGCAGCUUGGGCGAGUGGAGGAGCAGCAGCAGCAGCAGGAAGAAGAGAAGAUUGUCCCCCACGCCGCCGGCGACGAAGAGGACGAGGAUGCGGACUUCCUAUACAUGCGAAACCGAGCCGUUGGCGACAGCGACGGCGGCGACUCUCUGGCGGUGACGCACUACACUAGCAGCGGCACGAGCAGCAACAAAGGCGCCGUCGACACCAACAUUGACCCAAUACCGGGCCGGGUUCGUCGCCAUCUGCGUCGUGUUUUCGCUCGGCUCUCAGACAUCCGAAGCGCGCAGCGCCCCGAGACGCACGACGCCCAGCAAACCCCCCGGACAGCCGUCCCAGCUGGCGCCGACGAGAACGAUGUGGCAAGCGGCAGCGGAUGCGCUUCGAGCUUCGGGUCGAGCCGCAAUGGCUAUCUCGCCGAUGGAGACGACCCCAGCGUUGACUCAGCAGCUCACCCGACCGUCGUCCGAUCCCCCAGAUGCAGCCACAAUUACGACGCCGCAACGUACAGCAGCGGCCAUCGUGGCAACAAUGCCGGCGGCCAUCUCUACUCCCCCGAGGACAACCUUGUGAACCCCGAGGUGCCUGUUUUCCCGGGCGUGGACGAUGACGACGGAGCGCACCAAGGCGGGCGUCUCUCUGAGCCCGGACGCCAGGCGUUUAACAUUGAGGUCGCCGAUGACGCGGCUGUCCUGGCAGCAGCGCUUCUCGCGUCGACGUCUUCUUACAACUCUGCCUACAACAUUGUGCCUGGCACUGAGGCGAUGUCCGAGACAUAUCCCGAUCCCGACAACCAGCGACUUCCCCAGCCGCCUCCGGCAUCUGGACUGGAUCUCAAGGACGGGUCCUACGUCCCGUUGCAUCCUGCUGCCCAGCCCCUUCCCUUUGAUGGUUCCCUGCCUGGCAACAGUCUGUCUAACGUGACCGGGGCGCGUCCGUCUGCUCGUCGCAUCCAGUUUGACGUGCCGCCGCCGCCGCUUCGGCGCGAGCGCAGCCACUACUAUCGUUCCGCGUCCAAUGUCUACCACCAUCUCGACGUCGCUGAUGAGCACAGCACGCGCAUCCGACAGGAUGAGUCGUAUCUCGGCGCCGCCCCGAUCGGUCCGCCGUACCCAGUCGACGACGACGACGAUUUUUUCUUGCCGCGAUCGCCGGAGCCCUGCUUCGGGGACGGUUUCGAGCACGGCUCUGACGACGGCUUCGCGCACAGCUUUGAGCGUGACGACGAGCGUGAAGGCGAGCGCGAAGACGAGAGUGCAGAUGAGCGUGACGACCAGAGUGAAUACGACUGGCACGACGAGCGCUCGCUGCAGCGCUCCACCAGUCCCGAGUCCGCGCCCAACCUGGACCCCAGCCCGGACUGGUCCUCGGACUCGAUCUCAAGCUACAUCACAUGUUCGUCGUGCAACACCCUCUUGCCCAACCCCAUGUACAUUGGCUGGUACCGGCCCCGGUCGCCCUCGUUCUAUGACGACGACGGCAAUGUCCGUAACGAUGGCCUUCGUCGCCGCGGCCGUGGUCACCGUGACCGUUAA